AUGCCAAAAGGUUACAGAGAGAACCCAGAUUUCGGUUUCUCGGCCAUGCCAAGAUCCCGACAGCGCCGACUCAAUGUCAAUGUCUGGGAUGCUCAACCUCGCAAGACGAAAAGGCCAGAGGACGGACCAGAGGACGGACCAGAGGACGGACCAGAGGCCAGCCCCAAGAGGAAGGGAAAGACAGAACGUCUAAAGCUGAAGAUGGACGUGAUGGCUUCGUGGUUCAGUAAGAAGGCCAGGCAGAUUGCACUAGUGCCCGAUGAGCGCCAGCACAAAAAGGGCAAAAGGCAUCACCUGCGGUUCUGGAAGAACCGGACGCAAGCAGCAGAGACCACGGUCGUGUCUGCCACGGCUCACUCGGCAUCCCAGGCGCCCACUUCCUCGCACCACAGUUGCUUCAGCAUUAACGAUUGCCUAUCGUCGCCGCCAACUUUCGCCCUGUCGCAAUCAGAGCUGGAGGACCCAUCCUUCGAAGACACCUGCACCGUUAUAUACAGGCCGCUUAUCUCGAGCCUUGAUAUGGACUCGGUGGAGCGGAUGCAGCUUCGACUGAAUACCGAAACAAGCGAAAUGCUCCUACGCUGUGCGGACCUCACAGUCUCGCAGGGCGUUUACGCGACUGGAUCGCGACUGGACCACCGAGGAUCAGAAGAAGCUGCCCCGCUCACAUCAGUUUCACAGCCUUGCUGGACAUGA